AUUGUGGCCAGUGGGGGUAAAAAAUGUCCCGGACCCAACAUCAGUGAGAAUAAUCAUUGCCACAGGGUUGGUAUAGGAGGAGGAAUAGUGGCCCAUAAUUGGUAUUACUGGCAGGAACAGUACCCCAUCAUUGGUAUCAGUGGAAAUAGGAGGAAGAAUAGUGGCCCAUCAUUGUUAUCAGUGGAAGAAAUUUCACCUUAUUGUUGGUAUCAGUGGGAGGAAUAGUGCCCCAUCAUUGGUGUCAGUGGGAGGAAUAGUGCCCCAUCAUUGGUAUCAGUGGGAGGAAUAGUGCCCCAUCAUUGGUAUCAGUGGGAGGAAUAGUGCCACAUCAUUGGUGUCAGUGGGAGGAAUAGUGCCCCAUCAUUGGUAUCAGUGGGAGGAAUAAUGCCCCAUCAUUGGUAUCAGUGGGAGGAAUAG